UUCCUCAUCGCGUUUUACACCACCACGACAUUCCUUUCAUUCCGAUCCAAUCGCAUUACUUACAGUUUUGCCAUAUUGCCGAUUUUGUGAAGAGAAUUUUUCUACGUGUGAUUAGUGAACAAUCGCGCACAACGAUAUCGUCGCCGUCGUGGAAAUUUGUGCAAUUAAUUUUUCGAUUAAUGUUAAUGCAAAAUUAUUAUUAAUAAAGUGUUGUACUCGUUUGAAUUUUGAAUUGCUUCAGUAAUUUGUACCUACUUUUUUUUUACAACAUAUCGAGAUCACCUUAAUAAUAUAUUGACGGCGACAUGUCGUCCGUCUUCCGUGUACAAUUAUUUUGAUUUCAAGUCGCCAAAAAAUCACUAUUGCAUCGAAUUGAAAAAACUUAGCCGUGAAAACCAUGGCCGAGGUCGUCGUGUUCGACAUAGAGCUACAAAACAACGAUGCUUCUAAAAGUCAAAAAAAUAACAGCGACUCUGACGAUGAGUUAAUCGAAUUUGGAGAGGGAUGUUUUGUUCAAGAACCAAACAUAUAUGAAUACGAUGAAAAGUCGAGUGAUGUAGAGACUUUAAAAUUAUCAGACAAAACUGUAAACCAAACAAAGGAAAAGUUAUCUCCAGAAUGUUUUAGCAUUUUAAAAGUUCUGGGUAAAGGAGGUUAUGGUAAAGUAUUCCAGGUUAGGAAAAAAACUGGAAAAGAUGCAAAUCGUAUAUUUGCUAUGAAAGUUUUGCGGAAAGCUACAAUAGUACGUAAUUCCAAGGAUAUGGCUCAUACUAAAGCUGAGCGUAAUAUCCUCGAGGCUGUUAAGCACCCAUUCAUAGUCAGUUUAUUCUAUGCAUUCCAAACGAAUGGGAAGUUAUAUCUGAUUUUGGAGUAUUUAAACGGUGGUGAACUUUUCAUGCAUUUGGAGAGAGAAGGAAUUUUUCUUGAAGAUACUGCGUGCUUUUAUUUGGCAGAAAUUAUUAUUGCAAUACAACAUUUGCAUAGCCAGGGCAUUAUCUACAGAGAUUUGAAACCAGAAAAUGUUUUAUUAGAUCACGAAGGGCAUUUAAAAUUGACAGAUUUUGGUUUAUGCAAAGAACAUGUUCACGAAGGUAGCGUCACACAUACAUUUUGUGGCACAAUCGAGUAUAUGGCACCAGAAAUAUUAACCAGAAGCGGACAUGGUAAACCAGUUGAUUGGUGGUCACUCGGCGCAUUAAUGUUUGAUAUGCUAACGGGAACUCCUCCAUUUAGUGCCGACAACAGGAAGAAAACUAUUGAAAAAAUCCUCCGGGGUAAACUAAUUAUGCCUCCAUACGUUUCACCUGAAGCUAAAGAUCUUAUGAGAAAACUACUUAAAAGACAAGUUAACCAUAGGCUUGGGUCUGGUCCAAAUCAAGGGGACGACAUUAGAAAUCAUCGCUUCUUCCAAAAAAUACUGUGGAAAGAUAUUAUUAACCGUUCUUGUGAAGCUCCAUAUAAGCCGAAACUGGCUGGCGCUGAAGAUACAACACAGUUUGAUUCCAGGUUUACUAAUCAACUUCCAGUCGACUCACCAGUUGAUGAUUCGUUUAUGCCUCAUGAUAACGAUGAAUUCAAAUUUGAUGGUUUUACGUACAUAGCUCCAUCUUUAUUAGAUACUUUAGGUACGAGUUCAAGUCGUGAUCAUGUAAUUAAUAGUCACCAUAGAACAGAUGAAUCAAUGGUAAAAUCAAUGGAGGAAGAAGAUCAUUUUCAUAAAACUGUAAUGCAAAAAAAACCAAAACUUGAUCCAAGGAUACACAAGUCAACACCUACUAUUGUUCAAGCUGGAUGCUGUGAUUCAAAAAAGCCUGCUGACCAAUUUCACAAAGGGCAGGCACCACGUAAUCUCAACCCCUUUAGUGACUUUGAACCUAUCGCGUCAACGUGUGCCCAGCUUUCGGCGACAAGGAUAGAUGAAGAAAUGGAAACUGAAAAAGAGUCUCCGUCGCCAUCACCAUAUCCAAAUGUCAUCAGAUCCAACCCAGUAGCAAUGAAUCAACCACGAAUUGUUAGGCCGAGUGCUACUAAUAAUAGAGAAAUCGACCAAUCGAGACUGUUUGAUGCUUGUGCGCGGCCGUUUACCAACCAUGCAGCCCGUAAACCGUAUAGACCUCAUGUUUUGACUACAGUCAAUAGCAAUAAUUUUUUGAAUCAGAACCAAGACGAGAUGAUGGAAGUAGCGUCUACGUCUAGUAUACCGGCUCAAAUAUAAAUAAGGUUAUCAUCAUUUUUAGGAAAGACUUAUUUCCAAACAAAUGAUACUGUUACCUCAAUCAAGUGAUAAUAUUUUAUAUAAAUUAGUAGACCUGGGCUACAUUUAAUGACUCAUUGGUGAUAAAAACCGUCAAAAGAUCAGCGAUCAUUUUAAUUGAUUGGAAAAUGUGUUUUUCUAAAUUCACUAGGGUCAUGCAUAUUUAAAUUGUUAUUUUAAAUUAUGUAGCAUUUAAUAUUAAGGAACAUGUUAAAACUUUGUAUAAUUAAGAUAUACUCUAAACCAAACAUAUUUUCAUCUAUUCAUUUAUCUUCUAUUAUUACCAAAUUAAAAAUUAUAGUGUUGUAAGUUGGUAGCCAAGGUCUAUUUUAACUUGCCGUCAACUUAAUACUGUUAUAAUUUAAUUAAUCUAAUAUUAUUAUCAUGUUGUUUUGGCUAACAAAUAAUGGAAAUAGUCUGUUCCCUUUUAAAUAUUACCGUGAUAUUGACAUUAUCGAUCACACUGUGAUUGAUUUAAAUGUAUUAUGUUUAUUUUGUUUUUCUCCUUACCCCUUACCACGUUAGAGUUAUUGUUAUUUAGCUAAAUUAUUAAUCCAGUGUUUUAUUUUAAUUAUUUUUUUUCUAUAGAAGUUGUUUUAUUCGCCUAUUAAAAAAAGUAUAUUAAUAAUUUAGUAAAAGGUAGUUAAUUAUGUACAAUUAAUUCAAAAACAAAUUAUACUAUCAUAAAAAAUAAAUUAUUAAUAAAUAAAAAUAAAAGAAUUGUGAAAAGUAUGCUUUUCGUUUUAAAAUAGAGCACACUCUAAUUCUCUCUCAGUUUUACUGUCUUAAUAAUGUUAGCUUUUGUUUUUUUAUUAAUGUACAUAUAAGUCAUGCAAUAUUACACAUAUUAUAUAUUUAAAAAGUAUACAUGUAUUUUUUUUUCAAGCUUUAAUGUCAAUCUCUUCAGUAGUAAAUACAAAUUAUGUUUGUACUAAUGAACUAUAGGUUACUACCAUUAGAACCUAAAAAUAAAUGUUUUUGUUUAUAUUUUAAAUAGGAUUUUAAUAUAAUUUUAUUAGACCAAAUUUUAUGUGUUAUUAGACCCCAAAAUAUUUACUUAUAUGCAAAUUGUUUAUUCGUAUCAUAAUAAGAAUGAAGUGUAAAUUUUGGAUGAAUACUUAGUAGUUUCUUCAAAUUGUUCUUUCAUCUAUAUUUACUAGGAGCAGUAAAAGUACUAAUGCUAAUAAUUAUUAUUAUUAUUGAGUAUUUUAUUAUUACCAUUAUUUUUAUUGUUGUUAAUAAACAAAGAUUUGAGAUAUCUCUUUAGAUUUAACAGUUUUUAACUUUGUGAUUGUAUGCAACUAAUAUUUUUUAUUAAUGUUAAUAUUUUUACCGACCCAUACAUUAAAUGUAAGUAACAUUGACAUUAUAUUUGAUACUUUUUAAAGUUGUUCAAUUUUUCAUGUACAGAGAUUUUUAAUGAAUUUUGAAACGAAACUACUGUGUUCAUUCGUUAGUUAAUAAUAAUAUUUUAUGAUUAAUUAUUAUGUUUACUUUGAAGGCUGUAGAUAUUGUAGCCUCUAUUGUACACCAGUAAUGAUUUAUGAAAUAAUCAAUAUAAUUAAAUGUAAAAUUAUGAAUAAAAGAUUAUGUUUGUAUUAAA